AUGGCUUCAGAGAGAGUCACUGCUCAGCCGGUGCCAGCAGCAGUCAACACGAUGCCUGUGCAUGAUGCCAAAGAUGAAAUCACGACUACCCUGGCCAAGUCCGACUCUGAUUACGACCAUCUCGAGGAGGGCAAGUCCGGCAAGUACGAAGAGUACUACAGCGCCGGUCUGAACGAAGAGGAAUCCCGCUUCAUGGCCGGCUUCACCCCAGCACAGGAGAAGAAGAUCUUCCGCAAAAUCGACUUUCGUGUCGUUCCGAUGUUAGCUAUGCUUUACCUAAUCUCUCAUUUGGACCGUGCGAAUCUGGGCAACGCAAAGAUCGAGGGUCUAGAGAGGGACCUAGGCAUGACCGGCACAGACUACAACAUUGCCGUCUCGGUCUUCUUCAUCCCGUACAUCUUACUGGAGAUUCCGUCGAACGUCCUCUUGGCUAGGUUCGCAAAGCCCAGUCUUUACAUGGGCAUCCUGGUCACCUGCUGGGGCCUGGUUGUCACUUUUUCUGGCUUUACCGCCAGCUUCGCCGGUCUAUGUGUCUCAAGGUUCCUCGUCGGUGUCUUCGAGGCUGGUUUCUUCCCAGGAGCAGUCUGGCUGAUCUCCAAUUGGUAUCCACCAUACAAAACCCAGUCCCGGACCGCCAUCUUCUACUUGUCCAGUGCUGCCUCUGGCGCCUUCUCAGGUCUUCUCGCAGCAGGCAUUGCCCAGAUGGAUGGACUGGGUGGAAAGCAGGGCUGGAGAUGGAUCUUCAUCAUCGAAGGCAUCCUGUCAGUCAUGUUCGGCAUUGCUACGUUCCUGUUCCUCCCAGACACGCCCGCUCUGUCAGGGCGCUGGCUGUCGGAACCCGAGCAACGGUAUCUUGUCCUCCUACAUCGGGCAACCCGUGGCAGCAAUGCUGCGCGGAACACAAAUUCGGAAGGAGAGCAGGAGAAGAAGAAGAAGCACGUCGACUGGAAGGCGAUGAAGGCUAUUUUCUGCGACCGCCAUAUCUACUUGCAGGCUAUCAUCUUUGCAUCCAAUGCCAUUCCAAACAACGGCAUGAAGUAUACGAUGCCUCAAAUUGUUCGAAAUAUGGGCUACAAAUCCACGACGGCACAGCUUCUCUCUGCGCCUCCCUACAUCGCUGGGGCCAUCGCCACAGUUCUCAGCUCCCUCUGGGCCGACAAGCACUCGAAGAGAAUGGUGCCCAUUCUUUUCUUCCAGGCUUGCGUUCUGGUCUCCAUGGCUGUCCUGUUUCGCUACUCACCCGAAAUUGCCGAUAACAUUCCAUUGUGCUAUACCAUGGUGGUGAUCGUAUGCAUUGGUGUCUAUCCUAUCAUUCCAGCGAACAAUACCUGGUGCUUGAAUAAUCUAGCCGGCGCAGAGAAACGUGUUGCAGGUGUAGCAUUCUUGGUCACCAUGGGCAACACUGGUGGCUUCAUUGGCAGCUGGGUCUUCUUGAACACCGAAAGUCCGAGCUACCCAACUGGCUUCGGAACUUGUCUGUCUAUUGCAGCUGCAGGCAUGAUCAGUGCUGUUACACUUGAAUGGCUGUACAGCAGACACAACAAGCGGUGGGAGGGCUACACGAGAGAGCAGAUCGAGGAGAUGUAUACGGCGGAGCAAUUGGAGGAGAUGGGAGAUCGUAGCCCUUUGUUCAAAUACGGCUUGUAA